UCUUCUGUCAUCUCUGCAACGUGACGUAACACGUCCUCUGCAGUUGUAAGCAAAUACCAGGGUCCCAAGCGCAACAUGUCCAUCGUCAUCGGCAUUAUCUACGUUAUGGCAACAAUCAGCUUAGCGUUCAGUUGGUCAUUCACACGCUAUGCAUUCAUCAAAAACGGAGAAACCUUUUGGACCGUAUAUCAGGCUCUUAUCAAUCACUCAAGGUCGCUGGUUGCGACUCGAGUGGGGAUGACUGUCACCAGCUGCAUUGGUACCAUUUUUGCGGACGCUACCCUCAUCUGGCGCUGCUUUGUACUCUGGGGCCGGCGCUGGACAACGAUUGUGCCUCCCAUUGUGCUUCUGAUUUGCACCAUCACAUUCAAAAUCAUUGAAACCCACGGCAGAUUGCACGACAACUUUGAACACACACCUUGGCUCAUGGUCUACGUGUCCUUCGCCAUGGCUACCGCCCUUUGGUGCACCGUACUUAUCACUUACCGCCUUAUCACGUCCCCUCUGGAGAAAGACGGAACAGAGGAUGGACCAUCGCUGUACCAUCGCACCGUCGAGCUCUUCGUCGAAUCCGCCAUUGUCUACUCUGUUGGCCUCAUCCUCUACGCAGUCUUCGUCGCUCGCACCGAGUGGACUUACUACUACCUUGAACCAGUAGCAGAGAUUUCAGGAGUACAUUUCCGUUCGAUCUCUUUACGUCUCAUCCUAACUGGAAUGUUUGCUAAUAGGCAGUUGCGCCCACCCUCCUCUUGGGACGCAUCUUGACGGGCUUUGCGCGCCCCUACGAUUCCUGGCAAGGUAGCGUUCCGGCUACGAAGGCCGUUGAGGAGAAGAAGCCUCAGGCUCAGACAAACCCAAUCAGCUCUGCCACGCGUACUGUCACGUUUGCUGACGAAGUUCGCACUCAGAGUCAGC